GACCCAAUCGCCUCUCGUGAGAGUAUCUCUCAGUCGAGACUUCGAUUGGCUACUUUAGAAUCAUUUGUUUCUUGUCCAUUUUCCUUCGAGCGCCGUUUUCCUUUUGCUUGAAUGCUUGGUGGCUGCAUAUAUGCUAUGCAUUUGUUCUAGUGUUUGGUAAAUUUUUCCUGCGCCGGGAAGUACUAAGCUCUGUAAUUGGUCGAAUCCAUGUUAUGUUGGUGCUUUGCAAAGUCCAGCAUACGUAAGCCAUGCCAUAAAGUAUAAUCGCCUUGGCACUAUCGCUGUGAAAUCUUUGAUGAUAUUAUCCGGUUGUUCUUUUGUGGAUUUUCCUUGAGAUUUUUUUUUUGUUUCUGUAGAAUGGAUCUUAAAAUUUUGAUUGGGGUCAAUCCCUUGAUCCAAUUUCUUUACCUGCCUGUGGAGUUUCUUUUUCCUCUGUCUUAUAUAACCCUUUUUUCUAUUUGUCAUAGCAAUUGCUCUUCUGCACUCUGUAAGAACUGGACGCAACUGUUGCCACUCUUCUUUGUGAGGCUUUAAUUUUCCUUCUUUCCUGGAAACUAAGAAUAUGAUGUGGUUAUGGCCAUUUGAUCUAAUAUCGAAGGCCUAAUCGGGUAGCGUUUCUGAAUUUAUGGUGUGAAAUAAUUAGGAAUUCAGGAUUGCGGCUUUGUUAUGAAGAAAUCUAGGUGUUCCAUGGAAUCAGUAUCAGAUUUAUUGUAUGAAACGGCAAAUAGAAUUAUGAACAUAUAAGCGGAGAUGGAGAUUGAAUAUUUUCAUGUUGUCCUAUGCUUUCCCGGUCUUCUUAUGCUUUUUGCAAGGAAAUUUUAUUCGAGUGGUUAGUACUAAUUUCGAGAACCAAAAAGGAGAUUGGAACAGCUCCAACAAGAUUUGGUUGGUGUCCUUAGAUCCUUAGGAGUGCCUGCUUUCAGCUUCCUCUCAAGAUCGUUUGCCUUCUUUUUGAGCAUUUAGUUCCAUUGUCUCUGAUCUUGUUCGCUUGCAGACCUAUUUUUGCAUGUCGCUGAGAUGAUAAUUGUGCGUUUUCUUUAAUGUACCUUCUCCACAGGCUGUUACAAUGUUGCUAUAGCCUUGAGAAUAUGGUGAUUGUACAUAGUCUCCUUCCUUCCUUCUUUUCUUUCUGUGAGAAAGAGUUUUGGUAGUUUCCUUGGUGCUGCCAUAGUUUGAAUACCUUGGACUCAUUUUAGUUCUUUUGAUGUGAAUUUCUUGCUGAUUCAUGCAUUCUAAUCUUCUCAAGAAAUCUUCCUCUAGUUGGCCUAGAGUGAGUAAUUCAUCAUAUUUUGCCUUUUGCUCUUAGACUGCUUAUAAUUUCUCAUUACAGAAGUUGUUGAAUUAAUUUUUUUUUUAGAAUAUGUAGUAUUUUCCGAAGUACUUUUUUUAUCUCUUUAAUUCUCCUUGUUUACAUGCAUGUGUAUGUGAAGAAAUGUUUUUUCUAUUUAGUUGUAUUUUUUUCAUUAACAUUCCAUUAUGGGGGUUUCAACAACACAAGAGUACGAAAAAUUGAAAUCAUCAGCUCCCUGAAGGAGAUAAAUUGAAAUCUCCUGCUAUAGUUAGCAAGCUUGUGAGCCAAAACAUUACCCUCUCUUGGUAUAAAACGAAAAUUAAUCAUAUUAACCCUUGUAGCUAGCAUCCAGAUGUCUUGUAUGAAAAACUUUAGUUUCCCAGGUGUAGGAGAACGUCCUGGCAUAUAUUUGAUUACUUAUUUGGAAUUUGAGAGGAACAUCACGUUCCUUAGCUGUUCCCUAUGAGCUCUCUUCAACCAUUAAACAAUUGCAAUGCAUUUCACCUGCUUAGCCUCUAGCUCUGCAAGGAGAGGCACCAACAACAUUGAUUUGUCCUCUUUCAUUCUUCAGAAUGUACGCUAUACCUGCAACAUCAGAGAGAAGAGGAAAUAGAUCCAUCACAAUGUAGAGAAUACCUUCUAUUCUAUCAGUUAUGUAUCUCCUGGAAUUUUCUCCCCCUCUAGAGACCACAGAAUGCCCCUUAUAUCAGUAUAAUCUUUUGUGCAUGCAAGAGAUUUAUACCAAAUAAAGGAUGGCUUGUCCGGGUACUUGCCAAAAAGGGAAUUGUUCCGGUUAAGCCAUAUAAACCAUAAGGAAGUUAGCAGUCAAAUUACUUAAUUGACAAGCACUACAGUUUUCGAUUCAUGUCCUACGAGCCAGUCCCAGAAGCACCAUGCAUCAAAUAGUUCAAAAGAGAGAUUGAGCUUCCUUUUUAAUUUAAUUGCAUUAUUGCUUAUCACAUUAUGAAUGGGUUUAUAAGAGUAAUACUUGGAGCAUCUCUCAUUGUUAUUACCCUCUGAAUUCUAUUCACUUUACACUGUCAUUUUUAUUUGGUUGUGCAUGUUACUCACAAGCUGCUUGAGACUGUAGUGGAAUUAACAAGUAGAAAAUGACGGAUGUUAAGGAAAAUUUUCUCUUUCCUCAAGUUAUUUGCUAAACUCAUCUUGCUGUUGACUGAGGGAGACUAAAGAUGCUAAUGACUAUAUCCUCAGCAAGUGUUCUGUGUUGUUUAAUUGGUAGAACUAGUUGAACAAUACCAAGAAUGAGUCAGCAGGCUGAAACUGGAGAAGCGAUUAGAAAUGAGGGAAAGUAUAUGGCAAUUCUUGUAUGCUGGUUACUAGGAAAUGGAUGCCUUUUUUCAUGGAAUAGUAUGCUGACGAUUGAAGAUUACUAUGUUUACCUCUUUCCGAGCUACCACCCAACUAGAGUACUUACUCUUGUUUACCAACCUUUCGCCCUUGGAACUAUUGCAAUACUUGCGUAUCACGAAGCAAAGAUUAACACCAGAAGGCGCAACCUUGCUGGAUAUUCUCUCUUUUUCUUAAGUUCGUUAGCUCUAAUUGUGUUGGAUGUGGCAACAUCUGGAAAAGGAGGUAUUGGAGUCUUUAUCGGUGUAUGUGUUGUAAGUGGAGCAUUUGGAGUUGCCGAUGCACAUGUUCAAGGAGGGAUGGUUGGUGAUCUAUCCCUAAUGUCCCCAGUGCUUAUUCAAUCCUUCUUGGCUGGGCUGGCAGCUUCAGGAGCUUUAACAUCUGCUCUUAGGUUAAUCACAAAAGCAGCUUUUGAGAACUCCCAGGAUGGUCUUCGAAAGGGUGCAAUGAUGUUCUUUGCAAUUUCAUGUUUUUUCGAGCUUCUCUGUGUUUUUCUAUAUGCAAUUGUCUUCCCCAAACUGCCAAUUGUGAAGUUUUACCGAGCAAAGGCAGCUUCUGAAGGGUCAAUGACUGUCUCUGCUGACCUUGCUGCCGGCGGAAUACAAACACACCAUGCCCAAGGGGUUGAGGAGGAUCCAAAACUUGAUGAACGCUUGAACAACAGACAGUUACUUUUGCAAAAUAUCGAUUAUGCUGUCGACAUUUUUCUGAUAUAUGUUUUGACGUUGUCCAUUUUUCCUGGAUUCCUGUCAGAGGAUACGGGCUCCCACAGCUUGGGCUCAUGGUAUGCACUUGUUCUGAUUGCGAUGUAUAACGUGUGGGACCUCAUUGGGAGAUAUAUACCUCUUUUGAAGCGGUUCAAGCUUGCAUCUAGGAAAUGUCUCAUGGCCGCAAUUCUUUCACGUUUCAUACUCAUUCCAGCUUUCUACUUCACAGCAAAGUAUGGAGAUCAAGGCUGGAUGAUCGUGUUAACAUCAUUCUUAGGACUUAGCAAUGGUUAUCUGACGGUCUGUGUUCUUACUGCUGCACCUAAAGGAUACAAGGGACCAGAGCAAAAUGCUUUAGGGAACUUGCUUGUACUAUGUCUUCUAGCAGGUAUAUUUGCAGGGGUGACACUCGAUUGGCUGUGGCUGAUUGGCAAAGGCUGGUGAAACCGCACUGGUAACACUAUUACUUUUGGAGAUUAUGGCAAAUGUACUUGUAUAUGUAAUAAUGCUUCUCCUCCAUUCAUUUAGAAGCUGCUUAGUUCCUGAAUGUUUGUUUGUUUGUUUUUUUUUUUGUCUGUGUGUGUCUAUGAACGGUUUACAGUUUGGAGGUUUGUGAUUUCAAAGCCUCCUUGGUAGAAUAAUAAUCAUCUCCCACACAGUUGGAGAUUGAAUGUUAAA